AUGGACGUCCUUCAUCCCAACGGUGAACUGUCGCGCGACCACGAAGGUGGUGAGAUCAGGAAGGCCAGCCCUCAAAAAAGACGGAAACGCCCCAAGAAAGAGCGUGCCAGAGCAUACGACAAUACCCAUGUGAACGACCGUCAUCACCAGCCCACUGAGGAUCGUGAUGCGGAGAUCGGCGGGCAUUAUGACGGUCAGAGCCAGGAGCUGCGCAACUUUUCAAGCGGUCAGGGCAAGCGCAACCGUACGGCGCGGAACAGGGACACUGAUUCGGAUGGUGGCGCUGCUCUCAACAGCAGACCUGAGUCACCAGGACACCAGUCCUCAGAAAAUUCCAGUGACUCUGGGAAGGGAGGCACCGCUGUCGAAAAAAACGACUCGGAAAGGCUCGGACUAAGAGACGCUUCAGACAGUGAAGGACUCAUGCCUGCACAACGCCAACCGCCAUCUCAUCAAAUCUCAUCUGGCGAAAGCGAGUACUCGCCUGAUGAAGCUGAGAGCAGCGACUCGCCCGUGAGCCAACUGGUGAAGGGGCCGAUGUCGAGAGGAGAUGGCUCCAGCCAAGAAUCAAGCUCGAGAAAGCGGAAGUCACCAGCAGAGGCACAGAGUGAUGCAAGUUUCCGACCACUGAAGAAAGCCAAGGGUUCCUUCAACCGCGCCUAUCUGGACAUCUUGAACGAGGACAUUGAGCACGCAGCCGCUCAGUAUGUACCGCUUGGCCGUGAGACCAAGGACGAGAGAAUCAGUCUACCAUCAUCGCAGAUCGGCAUGGUGACCUGGACAUCCAUGGAAAAGGAGCGCUUCUUCGAGGCCCUCGGUCGCCUCGGCCGGGAUGACACGCCAGGGAUUGCUCGCCGGAUCCGCACUAAGGGCGAGAUGGAGGUCAGGCAGUACCUGAAGCUGCUCCAAGACGGGCUCGCCCAGCGGCGGCGACUGAAUGAGCUCGACCCCCUGGAGCUGGCAGACUUCCCGGCAGCCGUCGAGCUGAGCCACGAAUGUUGCGAGGCCUUGGAUGAGGCGGCCGACAGCCUCGCCCUGAGGCAGGAGAACUUUGAGCAGACUACCGAACAGCACAAGCAUGGGACCGACUGGCUGGUCACGCAGAAGUGCAAGGAUGAUGCCCAGGACGAGGCAGCGGACGGUGACCUAAUACCAUCAUCCGUGUUGAACGUACCGAAUUGGUUGCAAAUUUCGGGGCGACUCUUCAUGAACGGCACAUCAGAAGAGAGAAAUUGGCAGUCUGUGGACGGCGACUACCCUUCAAUUCGGCAUGCGACGCUAGAGGACUUCUACUCACUUGCGCUGACGCUGACGAGACGACUGGUGGCGGCAACAAUCUACAUGGCGAGCUCACGUAUACGAGCUCAGAGUAGAUACAAUGCAGGCAAUCAAAGCGAAGUGCGCCGGAGGGACGUCCAUGCCGCCGCCCUGUCCGUGGGAAUGAGGGCGGAGAAGCAGUCCGUGUUGGCCGGAUCUGCCAGACGCUUGGGAUUGCAUGUUUACGAGCACCCACCGAGACCCAGUGAAGAGGAGGACGCGGCUACAAUGAUGCCAUACGAUGCUGUUGAACAUGCCCUGGGAAUGCAUGGGCAUCGCAAUAUUAGCAGCAUCAGGCAUAAGAUACAACGAAUCGAGUUGUCUUCAGACCAGGGAGCUGUCUCACGCCAUGCACCGGCAUACAGCGAGGCUGAGACGGACUCUAUGGACUCAGACGACGGGUAUCCGUCGGACACAGAGUAUGAAGAGAGCGAGGAUGAAGACGAAGACGUCAAGGCCGAGGCAGACGAGAUCAUGCUGUACUCAACAGUUGACCGGCCGCAGACGAAGAGGGACCGCGAGACACUAUUUCGCAGGAUCAAAGCCGAGAGGGAACAGGAGGUCUAUUCCGAUGCCGUGGACGCCCAGGCGACAUACCAAGAGGAGAGGCGGAUGUGGGAAGUGCUGGGGAGGCACCCUCCGCAGCCUCUGAUCGACCCUGGGCUGCCUCCGACCGGGCGGCGGCUCAAAGUGUCGGUAGGCGCUGCGUAUUCAGUGGGGAAGGACUGGAGGGCCCAUACGAAGGUGGUCAGCGAGUGGGAAUUUCUAACCCGACUACAUGGGUGA